GUGUGGAUGGAACCGGAGUAAUGUGAGACGCAAAAAUCCAUUGCACGAAAAAUAGAGCACUGUUGUGCUCAACCACUUGCUCUCUCUCCCUCUCUCUUAUUUCAGAAGAAUCGAGAUUUAUAGAGAAACAUCGUCGACUGAAAUCCAGCGUAUGUUGAUCCAGUUUUUAUCUUCUAUCUCUUCCUCUUCUGUUCUCUCUGAACCUUUAUUUUGUUUUCUGGAAAGCAGUCUCUGGACCUUGGAUUAUUGACCUCAUAUAGUUCUUUCUCUUUCUCUAUGCUUUUUAAUUUGUUCAUACUGAAGUGAACAUAUUGAGUGUUGUAUAUAUAAUAGGACCAGUUAAAAAUCUCUACUGUGUAAACUACGUUUGAUUCUUUAGCCAUGGCAACCGUACUGAAUUCAGUGUCCCCAGUUGGUAACCCAUCACCAGAAGGUAUCAGAAGGGGUAAUUAUGGGUUCUUCUCACACAUCCCAAAUCUCCAUACUUUUUCACUUAACAAGGGAUUUUCUAAAGUUUUGGCAUCCACCCAGAUCACCAUUUCUCCAAAAGAUACUGUUUUCACUCUCCCCAACUGGAGGUAUGGGAAAAGCGACUCAAGAAGUAGGGAACUUAGACUCAAUGACGCGUUUCUUCAUUUAGAGUAUAUGGUAAGGAAGGGCCAAAAGCCUGAUGUAGCUCAAGCAACUCAGCUCUUGUAUGAUCUGUGCAAAGCAAAUAAGAUGAGGAAAGCGGUUGGAGUAAUGGAGAUGGUGAUUGGUUCUGGCAUUAUACCUGAUGCAGCUUCAUUCACGUACUUGAUCAACUAUUUGUGUAAAAGAGGGAAUGUUGGGUAUGCAAUGCAAUUGGUUGAAAAAAUGGAGGAGCAUGGCUUCCCAACCAAUACUGUUACCUACAAUUCGCUUGUUAGAGGACUUUGUAUGCAUGGAAAUUUGAACCAGAGUUUGCUGCUUUUGGAUCGAUUGAUGCAGAAGGGGCUGAUCCCAAAUGCAUUCACAUACUCCUUCUUGCUUGAGGCUGCUUAUAAGGAAAAAGGAGUGAAUGAAGCCAUGAAACUUUUGGAUGAUGUAAUUGCGAAGGGUGGGAAGCCUAAUUUGGUUUGUUACAACAUAUUGUUAACUGGGUUGUGCAGGGAAGGAAGGAUUGAAGAGGCGAUCCAUUACUUCAGGGAUUUCCCUUUAAAAGGGUUCAAUCCAAAUGUUGUGAGUUAUAACAUUUUAUUGAGGAGUUUGUGCCAUGAGGGGCGGUGGGAAGAAGCAAAUGAGCUUCUGGCUGAGAUGGUUGGCGAGGAGCGCUCGCCAUCAAUCGUGACUUAUAACAUAUUGAUUGGUUCGCUUGCUCUGCAUGGCAGAAUUAAACAUGCUCUUGAGGUUUUGGAUGAGAUGAUGAAGGGACCGUUCAGGCCUACAGCAGCUACUUACACCCCAAUAAUUGCUCGUCUCUGCACAGAGGGGAAGGUAGAUCUUGUGGUUAAGCAUUUAGACCAAAUGAUGCAUCAUCACUGUAAUCCUAACGAAGGAACCUACAAUGCGAUUGCUCUGCUCUGUGGUGUGGGGAUGGUGCAAGAGGCAUUCUCUAUAAUUCAAAGCUUGGGUAAUAAGCAUGAUGCCUCCAUGCAUGACUACUACAGAAGUGUGAUUACAAGCUUGUGUAGGAAAGGGAACACUUAUCCUGCAUUUCAGAUUUUAUAUGAGAUGACAAAGCUUGGAUUUAAGCCAGAUUCUUAUACCUAUUCCUCUUUAAUCAGAGGAUUGUGUACAGAGAGAAUGCUAGAUCAGGCCAUGGAGAUAUUCUGGGUAAUGGAAGAAAAUAACUGUAGACCUGAUACUGACAAUUUCAAUGCACUUAUACUUGGGUUUUGCAAAUCAAAAAGAACAGAUUUGUCUUUGGAGAUUUUUGAGAUUAUGAUUGGGAAAGGGUAUACGCCCAAUGAAACAACUUACACCAUUCUUGUGGAAGGGAUCGCCCAUGAAAAAGAAACAGAGCUGGCAGCUGACGUUUUGAAAGAGCUGCAACUUAGACAGGUGGUGAGUCAGAGUACAGUGGAAAGACUUGUUAUGCAGUACGACCUCGAGGGUUUGCUAAUAUAGAUAACAUGAGGAUACUGGGAGUAUAGAAAGAAGCAAACAGGACCAUGGGUCGUGUAGGAUAAAGAUUCUAUUAUUUGGUUUGGGAGCUGUAGAUUGCACAAUGAAACAAAGCCACUUUUGAAAGAUUGAUAUUGUAUUUCAAAUGUUUAGAAGUAAUUGAGUUCAAAUGUUUGGGAGUA